AUGGGGCCCUCUACUAACCCCGAGCCCAUCCGUGAGGAAUUUUGUUUCGGCAUGACCCACGAAAGAAAAUAUUACAAAUACGACAAAAUCUUUUUCAAGCGGAGCAUUCGGCAAUCUGAAUGGCGAAGCCAUGGCGGCGUCACAUUCGUGCCGAAGCUAAACAAAGAGCGGAUAAUAAACGAAGGAGCGUGCCUCAAGUUUCUUUGGGAGAACACCAACAUUCCGCUGCCAAAACUAUACGCCUGUUUUGAGGAUGACGGGGUUGGCUGUCUGAUGACGGAGUACGUGGAUGGAGUCGGAAUGGACGAGCUUACUCCAGAAAAGAAAAACGUCGUUAUCAGAGAACUUAUGGAGCAUUUGACUACGCUUAAAACAUUAACGUCGUCAAAAUGGGGUGGGCUAGCUGGCUCGGUUUUACCUCCCUACCGUGUCAUGAGGAUGUGCGAUGGCCCAUGGCACAUGAGGGAUCGAAAAGAACCCAGCCUUGUGUUCUGCCACAACGAUUUGUCAGAAAACAAUGUUCUUGUGGAUCCCUCAAGCUUGAAGAUCAAGGCCAUAAUUGAUUGGGAAUAUGCCGGAUUUUUCCCUUCCGAGUUUGAGAGACCCUUCUACGAACGGUCUGGUCCAUCGAUUGCGCUAUCGAACGAGGUUGAUGAUGUGGACACCCUCUUGGAACUUAUGAACAAAGAGAAAGCUUGA